CUAAAAAACGCGGCGUUAUAGAAGCGCACAGAUUUCGAGCGCGAAACAAAAAUUGCGAAGACUCUUCUUUGACUAGCUUUAUCAAGGGAUUGUUUCCAAAUCACCGCGCAGAAAUUGAGCAACAAAGGAUUACAGAGCGACGAAGAUCGCUUUCUGGUAACAAAUCUUCUCGAGUGUUUUUCAAAACCCAGGCUAAACCCUCCACGCUCAGAUUGAAGCACUCAUAUCCCCUCCGUCCAAUUCUCGCGCGUCACCUCCCCUGCAAAGCAGCCCUCCGCAACCUUCUCGAAGGGCAACCGAACCCUAGCUAUCCAGCUACAUCGGAACUUUUGUUCUUGGAGAUCCGGACUACCAGGGCUUCAAUUUCCUCCUCAAUCUUUGUGUCCAGAUUAUUAUUAUUUGUCUUCGGAAGAUGACGUGGGAGGACGAGAUCAUUGGAACCGACGUUGCUUCGGCUGGGCUUCACAUUAGCGAGUGUAUCGGUCGGGAUGCCGCCAGUCAGCUAGACCUGGAGGAGGCACUGGAGGCUUCUCGGUAUACCAGUCACCCUUACUCUUCCCAGCCUAAAGAGUGGCCUCCUGUCGCUGAAGUAUUGGAUACCAGGGAGUUGCCCGCUGUGCUGAUUGAAAGGUACAAUGCAUCUGGCGGUGAAGGAACAGCUUUGUGCGGAAUUUUUCCAGAGAUACGCCGAGCCUGGGCUUCAGUUGAUAAUUCCUUAUUUCUUUGGCGCUUUGAUAAACGGGAUGGACAGUGUACAGAAUACAGUGGAGAGGAACAAUCGAUUUGUGCUGCUGGUCUUGCCAGGGUGAAGCCUGGUAUAUUUAUUGAAGCAAUUCAGUAUAUUUUGGUGGUGGCAACUCCAGUUGAGUUGCUUCUUAUUGGAGUGUGCUGUGCUGUUAGUGCGGAUGGUACAGAUCCAUAUGCUGAAAUUUCUUUGCAACCAUUACCUGAGUAUACCAUACCCUCAGAUGGUGUCACUAUGACAUGUUUUGCAUGCAUGUAUAAUGGCCAGAUUUACGUCUCUGGUCGUGAUGGACAUAUUUAUGAGAUUCAAUACACAUCUGGCUCAGGAUGGCGUAAGCCUUGUCGUAAGGUCUGCCUGACAGCUGGUUUUGGCACUCUUGUUUCUAAAUGGAUUUUGCCAAAUGCUCUUAAGUUUGGAGCCGUGGAUCCAAUUGUAGAUAUGGUUAUUGACAGUGAAAGACAUGUUCUUUAUGCAAGGACAGAGGCCAUGAAGCUACAGGUCUUUGAUUUAGGAGUUGGUGGUAGUAGCCCAUUUAAAAAAAUGGCUGAAGAGAGAAAUUUAAUCGAUCCACGGGAUUUACAAUAUAGAGGUAGACGGGCUGGAUCUAGAUCAAUUGCUCAGGCUAAGCCAUCAAUAGUUUCUAUUGCACCAGUAUCCACUAUGGAAUCAAAAUGGCUGCAAAUGGUAGCCGUUUUAUCGGAUGGGAGAAGGCUAUAUGUUUCCACUUCGCCAUCCAGUGUGAAUAAUGCCUCUGUUAGUUUAACUGGACUUGGUAAUGCUCGACCAUCAUGUUUAAAGGUUGUAGCAACAAGACCGUCACCGCCUUUGGGGGUUGGUGGUGGGCUUACCUUUGGUGCCAUAUCUGCUGCCAAUAGAGUUCAACCCGAGGAUAUGGCUUUGAAGGUUGAAACAGCUUUUUAUUCUGCUGGCAUGUUUGUUCUUUCAGAUUCAUCUGCUCCAGCUGUAUCCUCUCUUCUGAUUGUGAAUCGUGAUACCACCACUCAGUUAUCGCACCCGAGAAAUUCUCGUGCAUUUCGUGAGCUAGUUUCGUCCUUGCCAGUGGAGGGUCGAAUGCUGUGUGUUACUGAUGUUCUACCUUUACCGGAUACUGCAGCUACAGUGCAUUCAUUAUACUCUGAUUUGGAUGCUUUUGGUGGAUUGAGAGAAUCAUGCGAGAAGGCUUCUGUGAGAUUAUGGGCACGAGGAGACCUUGCAACCCAACACAUUCUACCAAGGAGAAAAAUCAUUGUUUUUAGUACCAUGGGUUUGAUGGAGAUUGUUUUUAACAGGCCUGUGGACAUUUUGAGAAGACUUUUUGAGUCCAAUGCACCAAGAUUGCAAAUUGAAGAGUUUUUCAAUAGGUUUGGAUCUGGAGAGGCUGCUGCAAUGUGUUUGAUGUUGGCAGCAAAGUUAAUUUCUGAUGAAGAGAAUAUAAUAAGCAAUUCAGUUUCUGAGAGGGCAGCUGAAACAUUUGAAGAUCCAGUCAUUGUUGGUAUGCCGCAGCUUGAAAGUAAUGCUGUUUUGUCAAGUGUUAGGGCCCCAGCUGGAGGCUUUAGCAUGGGACAGGUGGUUCCAGAAGCAGAGCCUCUAUUUUCUGGUGCUCAUGAAGGUCUUUGUUUAUGUGCAUCUAGGCUGCUCUUUCCAGUGUGGGAACUGCCUGUUAUGACUUUCCGAAGGGAGAUUGGCUCUGAUGGGCGGUUUGAAGAAGGUGUCAUUUGUUGCAGACUCCCCAGUAGUGCAAUGCAGGUUUUAGAAAGUAAAAUUCGCUCUCUAGAACAAUUCUUACGGUCCAGAAGAAAUAAAAGAAGGGGACUUUAUGGUUCUGUUGCUUGUAGAGGUGAUUUUACUGGUUCAAUUUUAUAUGGGACUCGUUCAGAUGUUGGAGCUAAUAGUCAGAAUGAAGCGAGGAACCUUUUUGGCUUAUCCUCUCCAAGUACUGUUUCUGGAGAUGCUGCUUUCAAUAAAAGGCAGAGGCUUCUUCAUACUAGUGCUGAGCUGGCUGCAAUAGAGGUGAGGGCAAUGGAAUGUCUAAGAAGGCUUCUUCGGAGAUCCAGUGAAGCACUUUUCUUGUUGCAAAUUGUUUACCAUCAUCAUGUAACUCGUCUGGUUCAGGCUUUAGAAGGCAAUGUUCGUCAAAAGUUAGUUCAUUUGACAUUCAACCAGUUAGUAUGUUCUGAUGAGGGUGACCAACUCGCUAUGCAACUUAUUUCUGGGUUGAUGGAGUAUUAUACUGGCACUGAUGGCAGAGGUACAGUAGAUGAGAUUAGUGCAAAGCUAAGGGAAGGUUGCCCGAGCUACUUCAAUGAAUCGGACUAUAAGUAUUUCCUUGCGGUUGAAUGUCUUGAAAGAGCUUUUAUGACAAGCAAUGCUGAGGAGAGGGAAAACCUUGCCAGAGCUGCCUUUAAUCAUCUAACCAAAGUUCCAGAAUCUGUAGAUCUAAGAGCCGUAUGUAAGCGAUUUGAAGACCUAAGAUUUUAUGAAGCUGUGGUUCGCUUACCAUUGCAAAAAGCUCAAGCUCUUGAUCCUGACCGCCGUGAUAAUUCACUUGUUCAACGGGAACAAUGCUAUGAAACAGUAAUGAAUGCCCUUCGUUCUCUGAAAGGGGAUGUUGGUAAUGUUUCUCGUUCAGGAAAUAUCCUUGAUCAGGCUUCUCGGGACAAAUAUAUACGUCAGAUCAUUCAACUUAGUGUUCAGUGGCCUGAUACAGCUUUUCAUGAACAUUUAUAUAGGACAUUAAUCGAACUGGGCCUUGAAAACGAGUUGCUGGAAUAUGGGGGUUCUGAUUUGGUUUCAUUUCUGCAGAGUGCUGGAAGGAAACUGCAGCAAGAGGUUCAAGCAGUUGCUGCAUCAACACCAAUUACUACUACAAGAGAACUGGAGACGCCUAUUCCUUCUAGUCAAACCAAGUAUCUUGAUCUUCUUGCAAGAUACUAUGUUAUGAAGCGUCAGCAUUUGCUGGCUGCUCAUGUUCUCUACAGGUUGGCGGAAAGACAAUGUACUGAUGCUGCGGAUGCUCCUACUUUGGACCAGAGGCGCCAGUAUUUGAGCAAUGCAGUCCUGCAGGCUAAAAGUGCAAUUAGUAUUAAUGGUUCAUUAUCAUCAACCAUGAGUACCAUGGAUAAUGGUCUGUUGGAUAUGCUUGAGGCCAAACUUGCUGUUCUUCGAUUUCAAAUGAAAGUAAAGGAGGAGUUGGAGUCAAUUGCAUUUAAACUAGAAGGGCUUCAGGUUACUAAUGAAUCACAUCCAAAUGACCCUUUUCCACGUGGAAAUUUGGUUUUUGAUGCCAAUACAGCAAAGAUUGCUAGAGAUAAGGCUAAGGAGCUGGAAUUGAAUCUUAAGAGCAUCACCCAGUUAUACAAUGAUUAUGCUGUACCUUUUCAACUUUGGGAGAUAUGCUUGGAAAUGCUCAACUUUGCAAACUAUUCUGGAGAUGCGGACAGUAAAAUUGUUAGAGAAACAUGGGCUAGACUCGUUGAUCAGGCCCUUUCAAGAGGUGGCAUUGCUGAAGCUUGUGCAGUAUUGAAGAGGGUGGGAUCAAAUCUUUAUCCUGUAGAUGGAUCCUUCAUACCCUUGGACGCAUUAUGCCUUCAUCUCGAGAAGGCUGCCCUGGAACGUUUAUCUUCUGGCAUUGAAGUAGUUGGAGAUGAAGAAAUAGCAAGAGGUCUUCUUGCAGCCUGUCGGGGCAGACCUGAAGCUAUUUUGUCUGUUUAUGAUCAGUUAUUAUCAAAUGGAGCUAUUGUACCUUCACAAAAUCUGAGGCUGCGUCUUCUGAGAUCAGUCCUUGUGGUUCUUCGUGAGUGGGUUAUGUUGGUUCUUGCUAAUAAGCUAGGCACUACAACAACUGGAGCUUCCUAUAUGUUUGGCGGAGCUUCAGCAUUAGAGCAGACAUCAAUAUUACAAAAAGGAAUCCGGGAUAAAAUUGCUAGCGCUACAAACAGAUAUAUGACCGAGGUGCGACGGUUGGCUCUGCCCCAAAGCCAGAUUGAGCCAAUUUAUCAGGGCUUCAAAGAGCUCGAGGAGAAGCUUUUGACACCAUCCUCUUUUCAGCCUUACUAAUCCCCCCUUCCUUGUCAAGCUUACCUUGUAAGCAUUCUUCAUGUUCCAUUGUAUUCAAUCCACUCAUGGCAGGCAUAUCAUGUCAUAGAGCAUUAUUGAUUAUAUUCAUAUUUAUGCUGUAUCUCUUUGUAAGAACAAUUUUGCUGUUCAGCUUGAUUGUGAAUUGUUGGAUGAUAAAGAUACCAAGUGACAAUGAUCGUCUACAUUAGUUGAUGGUAGAUGACAGUGAUCGAGUGAAUGUAUAUAUGGCGGCGGUUGGUUGAUGAUGGACAUCAGUGCUUGUUGGUUUGGUAGUUGCGAGUGAGUGAUGGUGAUUGUUGAUAGCGAUUGUGGUAUUGAUUAGUUGGCUAAGCUUUAAGAUUCUCCAAA